AUGAAGAGGCCCACCGACACGCCAUUGGCCACCUCAAUCAUGCCGUACCCCAAGUCCCGUCAGCGAAUUAUUGGAAUCCACGACGCUCGCGUCGUUGAUGGUGCCGUCUUGAAUCCGCUUCGAGUACUGCAGGCCAGAAAUGAUGGUACCCGACCCGACGACACAAUGGUGAAGAUGCCGGGGAUAAUGGGGCUCGCCGGCGCUGUCGGGGGUGGCGGCCGCCGUGGUGCCGUCGGGGGGUUGACUAUCAUUAAUUCGGAUUUGUUGCUGCAGCGUUCAUCAUCAUAG